CCCGUGGAUGCCAUAACCAAUCGAUCAAAAGAGAGUAACACCACGGUCGUCUCCUCAUUCAGCGAUAUCGACCUCGACGCCGCGGCCAAGGCGGCGACCGGCGCGACACUUGCGCUCGUCUUUAUCAAUGCAGAUAGCGGUGAACAUGCACUCACAGUCGAAGGCAAGGCGGGUGACCGCAAUAACCUCAGCGCGUGGCACAGUGAAUAUUCUUUGGUCAACGCAGUUGCAGCCUUGACCAAUAACACCAUUGGCGUUGUGAACGCAGUCGGCCCAGUCCUCGUGGAAGCAUGGAUUGACCAUUCUAAUGUCACGGCUUUGAUUUGGAGUGGCGUACCCGGCCAGGAAGCAGGUAUGCAAUUGCUUGUGGACGUAUCGUGGGGUGAUUACAACCCAAGCGGAAGGCUGCCCUACGCUGUCGCCACAAAUCAGAGGGAUUACCCUGCCCAAAUCGACUUCCACAGCUCCUCAUCGAUUACUCAGAUCCCUUACAACGAAGGCACGUUCAUCGAUUAUCGCCAUUUCGACUCGGUAUGGAUCACAGCUUUGGGACGUGUGAACCUUCAUUUAUAA